AUGGCUACUGAUUUUUUUCGGUCUGAACAGGAUGAGCAUCAUUACGACCCUGCUGCUCAAGAGGCUGAAAAGAAAGAAAUCACGACUCUUAUUGAAAAGAUUGAUAUUUUAGCGCUCACUCGACGUGCUAGCAGUCUCCGCGGCGGUCUCGCGUGCUCUGUAGCCCAGGGUCUACAAUAUGACAGAGCAUUGCGUAGCUCAGUUAUGGGAGGCAUGAAUUAUCAUAUCGAGAUUUUAUUCGAGGAUGGGAAAAGCUGGCUCGCGCGUAUCCGAAGAUUCAACGCUACUUCCCCACCCCCGGAGCUGCGGGAUUACAUACUGCGCAGCGAAGUCUCAACAUUGCAGUUCUUGAGCAAGACAAAAGUUCCUGUUCCUACGGUUUUUGACUUCAAUGCAGACGAAUCAAACCCUGUCGGUGUUGGUUAUAUCCUUAUGGAGAAGUUGCCUGGAAAAUCAUUGCGCUGGUCAAUUACUACCCCUGAGCAGAGGCAAAAAAUUGCUAGUCAGCUUGCGGAUAUUUACAUUGAACUGAAAAGUUAUCCCUUCUCGGUAAUGGGCUCUUUCAAUCAGCAGAACUCUUCUCAUGUGGGCCCCAUCGCACGAGAGUCAUUGACCGACUUUCAGGACUUGCAUAUGAAAAUGCUUGGGCCCUAUUCGUCUUCAGAAGAAUACUUCACCGCACACAUUCGAUUGAUAUUGGAUUUGAUAAUACGACAAGAAUCCUACGUCAACCGCCCAGUCGAUGCUUUCUUGAUACAUCGUUUUCUCCUAGAAAUUAUCCCCAAAAUCUUUUCAAGAAACUCUCUCGACGAUGGGAUGUUCUACUUGAAACAUGCGGACGAAAAGGGGGAUCAGAUCCUCGUUGACAACGACUACAACAUAACAGGCAUUAUUGACUGGGAAUGGGCCCAGACUGAUUCGAAAUCAGCAGCUUUCAACUCGCCAAUUGUGCUUCUUCCGGUUGCGGAUUUUUACGAAGGGGCUGAUCAUAUCGGCGAAGAUGAAGCUUUCUUUGCCAAGUGCUUGGCAGAGAAAGGACAUCCAGAUCUUGGGGAGAUAGUCAGAAAUGGGCGGCUUCUUCAUCGAAUCCAAUUCUGUUGUGGAUAUGACCUCGAUGAUUGGGACGGAUUCAUUGGGCUCUUUUUCGGGCUACUCAAGACCUUGGGCAUCGAAGGCGAUUCAAACUGGGAAACCUGGAAAGCGGAGGCCAUGGAAAGCUAUCGAGGAGAUUUUCAGCUAAAGCAACUCCUCAAACUGUCCGAAGCUGAAUGA